UUCUCCCGCCGGCAGGUGACGCAACACUCGGAGGGCGCUGCUGAUUGGUCAAAGGGGGAGCAACGAGAAGGAAGGAGUUCUUUUCCAAACUGCCCGAAGAGGAGAGCUGGCUAGAAGGAAGGGAGAAGAUCCUCCGCAUUUGCUCAUCCCAGCCUCAAAGUUUCCUUCACACAGGACAAUGUGUUGGCUUUGUGUGCUCUUGAAUUCCUCUUCCAACAAGUCAGCGAUAAAAGAGGAACCAGGAGAAGGCCUUGACGUCACCCCGACUGGGAGUAGCUGUGGAGGACCCUGGGUAAUUACUGGGAAGAAGACCCCCCUGAAGGACACUCUUGGCCCCGAUGUACAACCAGGGCAAGGCAAAGCAAACCCAGCAGGAGAGGCCAAUGAGGUUGACAUCAAGGAGGGACCACUUCUCCGUUGGGUGGUGAAGGAGGAGGGCAACGGGAGUGCAACGGUGCUGAGCGAAAACGAAUGGAGCCCCCUCCCUCUUCACCCCUCUUUCUCAGGCAGAGAUGGGAGGAAGAGUGAGAACGAGGAGAAAAUGUCUGAUGCACAGGUUGACAACAUUCAGCAUCGACACGAAGAGGGAAACACAGGGGAGAGGAAAGGAGCAGGGAUGAGAGAGCAAGCAGAGAAAAACACGCUUUGUCCAUCAAUGCUUUCCCAGUUAGAUGAAGAGAAAGCACGGGGAUGUGCGGAGUGUGAAAAGACCUACUGCAUGAAUAUGCAUGGAUCUCAAAUAAUUUGCACUGUGGAUAAGCUAUAUCAGUGUUUAGGGUGCGGAAAGCAGUUUAAUUCAUACGGUUGCGUUGUUGCACAUAAAAAAAACCACAAUAGGGAGAAACUGUAUAAAUGCCUGGAGUGUGACCGGAGUUUCCGGCAGAAAGAUGAACUCCUAUCACAUCAAGGAACGCACCCUGGGGAGAACCCGUACAAGUGCUGGGAGUGUGGAGAAGGUUUUCACGGGAGUCUAGAGCUUAUUCAACAUGAAACACAUCACGGAGGAGAGACAUUUUACAAAUGUUUGGAAUGCGGAGAGCAUUUCCAUUCUGCCAGUCUCCUUGACGCACAUGGACAAAGCCACGCAGAGAAGCAAUCGGGCAUAGGUUUGGAGUGUGCUAAGAGCUUCCAGACCACCGCAUAUCUUAUUACCUAUCAAUUCCCCCGCAUGGAAGUAAAGCCAUAUAAAUGCAUAUGGUGUGAGGAAAGCUUCAGUGAGCGCAGUUACCUUGAUAUGCAUACAAAAACCCAUGCAGGAGAGAAACCAUUUAGAUGUGCGGAUUGUGGAAAAACCUUCGCUAUUCAUUCAAACCUUAUAGUGCACAGAAGAGUCCACACAGGAGAGAAACCAUAUAAAUGCUUGAAGUGUGGAAGGAACUUCCGUGAGAAAAGGCGCCUUAGUGUGCAUAAUAGAACCCACACCGGAGAGACACCAUACAAAUGUAUGGAGUGUGGAAGGUGCUACAGUGCAAAAUACAACCUUACCCAGCAUACAAGAACCCACACAGGAGAGAAACCAUAUAAAUGUGUGCAGUGUGGAAAGAGCUUCCAUGUGAGAUGCAGUCUUACUAGGCAUGAAAGAACCCACAUGAAAGAGAAAGAGAACCCUAACCCUAAAACAUACACAUUCAUAUGCCUGGAGUGCGGAAGGAGCUUUUUCAAGAAAUCGGCUCUUUUUUCCCACCAAAGAAUCCACAAGAGGAAGGCACCCAAAAUGCUUAGAGCGUUGAGGGAACUUCGCCCAAAGUCUUCCUGACACAAUAUGUAUUUCUGGAAUAACGAAUGAUAUCCUAUGUACACAGACAUUUUUGUUUAAAAGUCAAAUCUGAAACUCUUGAGUAGACUUAUUCAUUGAGCAAUAGGAAUACUGUACCCUAACUAUUAUAAAAACAGAUGGGUGAAUGGCAUGAGACUUGUCUAUCUCGGACGAACCUAAAAGAAGCAUCAAACCCCGGUACUUUCUUUGCCAUGGCACUGCUUCUGGCUUUUUUUAUGUGGCGAUGGGAAAUGGUGGGGGGCAUUGGUGCUUUUUGCUCCCCAUAGAAUGGCCUUCAACUUAUCCAUGGGUCGUAUCAAAAUCCAUAACUUCGGCCUCAAAAGCCUUUUGCUUAUAGAAGAGGUUGACAUGUACCUGAGUAUUUGUGGGAAAUAUGGCAAAGAAGAAAUACUGCAUUUAAUCCCAUAAUAGCCACACUUUUUCCCUUGAAAAAAGGAGGUGCAACUAUUAUGUGAAGAAGAAAAAUCUGGUGGUUUUUGUGCGAGUUUUAAAAUAAAAAAUAAAGCGCCUCAACUCCAGAUAGGGAGGAAGAGGAGAGAUUGA